AUGUCGCGUCAUCAUCCCGACCUUGUCAUGUGUCGCAAACAGCCCGGGAUCGCCAUCGGCCGCCUCUGCGACAAGUGCGACGGCAAGUGCCCCGUCUGCGACUCCUACGUCCGCCCGACCACCCUCGUCCGCAUCUGCGACGAGUGCAGCUUCGGCAACUACCAGAACAAGUGCGUCGUCUGCGGCGGCGAGGGCAUCUCCGACGCCUUCUACUGCUUCGAGUGCACCCGCCUCGAGAAGGACCGCGACGGCUGCCCCAAGAUUAUCAAUCUGGGCAGCUCGAGGACGGAUGUGAGUCUUCUCCCUCGGGCCUCACUUAUUCUACCAAAAGAAAACGAAUCGGACGCAAAAUUAUUAACCCUCGAGCGGCCCGGGUUGGGCUUUCUUGGAAAGAUAUCAGACUGGUCGUUUUUGUUGUUUAAUAUUGGUAUGGCAUUGGUUGGCGUUAGAUGGACCGAGCUUACCCUCGCAUCAUGA